AUGCUGCAAAACACGCCCAAGAAAAUUGGAACGAGUAGCCAACCUGUGAAACGGGUGGGAUAUCCCUGUACUGUGUGCGUCGGUCGAAGCUUCAACACAGAGCAAGGGUUCAAUGACCAUGUCAAGAUUGUACAUAACAUAUUCUCAUGCCCGAAAUGUGACCAAAUAUUUGCGGCUCUGGAUGACUUGAUUCGACACAAAAAUGACGCCGGUCAUAGCAAGCCGGCAUUCGGAGGCAAAGUAAAAUCGACUUUCUCGCCUGCUUUUAUGUUGGAGAGAGCAGAUGCUUCAUCAGUGCAGGGGCCAAUGCUGCUCCAUCAACAGUCGUCCCAGGCCCGUCCAUCCACUGGCCAGCAUUAUGAACUACCCACCCAAACCCAUACAUCUGUCGAAACCCGUUGUCAAUACACUGCUCAGGGACAUCAGCAAUCACCCAAGCAGUCCCAUCAGACACGCAGCCAAGUUUUCCAACCACACACUCAAAUUCUUUCACCACCACCUCAAGUUCAGCCGCAACCUCACUUCUUUCAAUCACAAUCACAAGCCUUUCAAUCCCAGCCCUACCUCUCUCCGUCAGAAUAUCAAGUCUUUCCAGCACCAGUUCCAGUUUUGGAACGACAAACUCAGCUUGCUCGAAUCCAAGCGGAAAUCCAGGCGGAAAUCCAGCACGCAGCCGCCCAGGGCUAUCAAGCACAGGCUCAGAUGUUUCAAUCAUCAGUGAACGAUGGUCGACUGCGGAUGGAGGUUUGUCGAGCGCGUUCUGAGGUCUAUGAGAUACGUCAUCGGAUUUACCACGCACCUGUUCAGGGCCAUGGACCAUCCACUCGGGGCUAUCAGCCGCAGUUACAAGCUCACCAGUCCCAGAUGCAAGUGCCCCCUGAGUCUGCCUCUCAGGAUUCAGGACGGGCGUCUCACCUUCCUGAGCACCACUCUCGGCCCCCGGUGUAA